AUGGCGUACAUCUUGUCAAUAACAAACGAGGACGAGAUCCGGGAGUACGUUGUCGACCUCAUUCAGGGGACCGAUGGGAAGAAGAGUCGGUUUGUAGAGGAACUGCUGGCGAGGUGGCGGAAAUCCUCCCAGCUGCCAUCUGAGCCUUUGCCAGCGUAUCGUAAAAAGGAUGAGACUUCAGAAGUGCCUCGGGCUGGAGACCAAGCGAAAAAGGGGAAACGCAAAGGAAGGAACAAGCAGGAAACAGCUGCGUACACUGAGCCCAGCACACACGUAGAGGAAGUAAAAACCCCCCUCGACUUGGCUAAGGCACAGGAGAACAGCAGUGGAGUCGGCAGCAGUAGCAAUUCCUCUAAGAGGAAGCCCAAAUAUGUCAGCCUGUAUGCCAAGGAGGGGCAAGAAAAGCUGGCUGUCCUGAUCCCUGGGCGUCACGCCUGUGAGUGCCUGGGCCAGAAGCACAAGCUCAUCAACAACUGCUUGGUUUGCGGGCGCAUCGUCUGUGAGCAGGAGGGCUCUGGGCCCUGCUUGUUCUGUGGUGCUCUGGUGUGCACUAAAGAAGAGCAGGACAUCCUUCAACGGGACUCGAACAAGAGCCAGAAGUUGCUGAAGAAGCUCAUGGCGGGUGCUGAAAGUUCAGGAAAUUUGGAUGCCAUAAGCAAAGACUUACUGCCUCGGCAAGAAGCUAGACUCAAAGCAGGCUUGGAGAUGGCUGUGAAACACAAAGACAAGUUGUUGGAAUUUGACAGGACAAGCGUGCGUCGAACCCACGUCAUUGAUGACGAAUCGGAUUACUUUGCCACAGACUCCAACCAGUGGCUCUCCAAGCAGGAGAGGGAGGCCCUCCAGAAGAGAGAGCAAGAACUGCGGGAGCUGCGUCACGCCUCUCGGCUUGCCAAAAAAAUCACCAUCGACUUUGCUGGCAGGCAGAUCCUGGAGGAAGACAACAGUAUGGCUGAAUACCACAGCAAACUGGAUGAAACUAUUGAAGCCAUUAAUUGUGGCACGCUGAGGGAGCCAGCUGGAGGCCCAGAAGCAAAGACGACUCUGAGUUCUGGUGUUUUAGUGAAUCCCCAUCUUCUUCAGCCUGCUCCUUUGUGGGUGGACCAAACUGGCUUGCUCCCCCACUGGAAAGCCAUCCAUUCCAUGGAUGCUGGAAAUGAGGCUGGCUUGGAGCGGAACAGGUUGCGGAUUCAGGAUCGAGAGUUGCAGGAGAUCACAGAUGAUGGUUGGUGCCUCAGCAUGCACCAGCCUUGGGCUUCCUUGCUCAUUAGAGGAAUCAAAAGGGUGGAGGGCAGGACCUGGUACACAUGUCAUAGAGGGCGGUUAUGGAUUGCAGCUACAGCUAAAAGACCUUCCCCUCAGGAAAUCUCUGAGCUGGAGGCCACCUACAGAAUGCUGCUCUGGAAAGAUGUGGAAUUCCCAAGUGAUUAUCCCUCAGGGUGCCUCCUAGGCUGUGUGGACGUGGCCGACUGUUUAUCGCAAGAGCAGUUUAAUGAGCAGUAUCCGGAUCUGAGCCAGGAGUCUGGGUCUCCAUUUGUCUUUAUCUGCACUAAUCCCCAGGAGUUGGUUGUGAAGUUUCCCAUCAAAGGAAAACCCAAAAUCUGGUCUCUUGUGCCCCUUCACUGCCACAUCUGCCUCCAUCCGGCCGCGGUGAGGAGGAGAGCUGCUGGCAGCGGCUGGAGGGGAAGCUGCCACGCAGUGCGAGCGCAGGGCAGCUAGCUUCUGUGGGUCUGCCUUGCCGGGUGCUGGCAGCUGCUGGUCCCCUCCCCAUCUGUCACAUCGUCUCCUUUGUGUUGUGACACUUUCCUGCUUGGAGAAGGAUCAGUCUAACAGCCUGGAAGGAAGCCAGCUGUGCUGGCAGCUGCCUGCGCUGCCUGCUCCUGCUGCUGGCCCUGCCUUUCCUGCCCUCCCUCCCAACAGGAGCUGUCACGAGAGCAGCAGCAGGGAAGACUGGAGCUGCACGUUCCCCUCCUGGAGGGGACAUCGUCCAUCUGGGUGAUAUUUGUGGCAGCCUAGGGAAGGACCAGGGAAGGCUUUGACCUUUCAUCGGGGUAAGGUGCUGUUUUAAUAGGAGUUGGCAUCAUGUCCGAGGCAGUAAAAAGCUUAAUUCUCCAAGCUGGAAGCAGAGCAGGGGGAAGGUGCUGGCUCAUGUCCCCAUGUGAGCUCGUCGGCUGCCCUGGUCUCCUUGAAGCCUGGCUCAAGCUAUGACAAAAUGCCAGUUUGUCUUGUUGGGAAGCCAAGCCGGAGCUGUUUUCCUUGCCAGAUAACAGCAUGGACCUCGCUGUGAUGACAUCCAAAUGCUUCUCCGUUGCAGAUUAGUCGUUUCUAGCAGCCUGGGGAUGGGGGAAAAAUAGCCUAACAUGGCUUGAUUUUUGCUGCCAGGGUUAUUAUUUGUGUGGAAGGGAUGGGCUCCGUGUUUGCGUCGUGUCCCCGCUUAGUUUCAGCGCAUGAGGACAAAGCUCCGUGGCGCUUCUCGUGGGAGAUUUCCUUGAAUCCGGGCAAAGCUUCCCUGAAGCCUCCCUCGAGCAUUGCUCAGAAACCUCCCUUCAACAGCUGACGGCUGGAAGAGUGAGGAAGAGCAGGUGAAGGGACACAUCGCAGUGCAAGAUGAGAGUCCUUAAAUCACUGAGCAGAAAGAGAAGGGGACCCUGGGGCCGUUGCCUUAUUUUUAGCCUUUUCCUAAAGGUUACCCAUGUGAUGUUUUUAUCUUUCCCAGCUGAUGGAGCUGAGCAGCCUCCCGAUUGCUGUUGGGGUCUGGGAGGAGCAGGCACGCGUGUCAAAUACGAAGCUUGCAGCCCCAGAGGUGACACAGUGUUGGUGGGGGGGGACCAGAGCAUGGAGCGAGUGUGAACUCGCCACCUUCCUCCUACUAAAAUCCCCACGGCUUGACGACACGGCGUUCCGACGUGCUGCUUCUGGACAGUCUGGCUGUGCUGGCUCAGCCUUGUUGAGUGCCUGUCACUGUUCCCAGCCAUUGCAAGGAGGGGACUUCUUUCUCAUCCUUAGGCAGGUGGGGAAAGUCUUCUCCCACAUAGGGUGGCAGAGGGGAUGGUGGAUCUCCCAGAGCUUGAAGGAGAGAGCAUCUUCCAAACUUUGCGGCUCAGGGCGAGAAUGCUGUCUGAAAACGGACACUUCAACUAAUGCCCUAUUUUGCCCUUUCGCUUGACCUCACUUUUAAUUUUCUCAUUUGUGAUGGUGAAAGACUUUUGCAGAUGCCCUUUUGCGUCCCAUGGACUGCAGGUUGGUAACUGCUGCACCGAGACAUCAGCAGUGUCUGUUUCCUGUUUCCAAUUUUGACCUGACUGCAGCUGCGUUGCAGUUUGUGGAUCUGUGACACAGUGAUGUGCACUUGAUCACAUUUUGUUUUGCAUGUGUUAUGGGUUUGGUGCAUUGAACAAUCCCUCUCAAGCUCAGGCAGGAGCAAGGCUGGCCCAAAACUCAAGCUGAAGGAGGAAGGCUGGUUUUGGGGAGGCCAGGUUGCCCUGGUGGGAUAUCCUGAGGAAGCAGUUUUGUAACCUGCCUCGCCCGGGAAAAGCAUUGUCAGGCUCUUUGUUGAGCUGGAAUCGAGUAAUUUUCUUGGUUGGAAGAGAAGGUGAUGGUCUUCUGGCUGGUUUGGAGUCAUUUUCCCUGGACAAGCACCUGCUUCUCAUGGCACAUGGGCAUUUACUGGCAGUUUUUGGAGUGGUGACUGAAGUGGGGCCAGUUUGGAGCCUGGUGGAUCUGUUCCACACCAAGGACAAGAUCGGCUGCAUGCUGUAGCUGGGCUGGAGCAAUGCAGCUCUCCGAGGGACUGUGUGGGCUGUGCUUCACCCAUGGGGUGACACCAGGCUUGAUUCCCUGGAGGGACAAUGCUGCGGGAUCUGGAUGGGAUUCCUGCCAGCUCCGGCUCCAUCCACCUCACUGGGAUUUCACUGGGAUGGGCUCUGUCUGUCCAUCUCCUUGGGAUCAAGCUCUGAUCCCUUUGCUUCCCCUCCUGAUGGUGUGACCACAGUGGCCUGAGGGACACAGGGGAUACUCCCCAGGGACCAGGGCUGCCUUCCACAGCUCACCACAGGCUCUGCAGUAUUUCCUGCUGGCUUCUGCAACGUGGUGGAGCCCUGUCCCUGCUCCCCCUUACAGACAGAGACAGGGUGAGGCUGGUAUUUGGAGGAUGGGAAGUCACAGGGGAGCAGGAGCAGGGAGAUGUGGCAUUAGAGAAGGUGACCGGUGCUGGCUGACAGCAAAGCCGCUCCGGGAGGCUCCGCUCUUUGACGUGCUGCCUUGCUUGAGGUCACCUUCCCUUUCAUCCCCUCCCUUUUGGAGGAGGGACCUUUGCCUGGGAGAGCAGGAGCCUUCUUGGUUUUUUAUGGGCAGGGAGAGGGGGAUGGGGAUGCCCUCCCGGCUUGCUCGCCGGGCCUGGCUUUUGGCUUCUUCUGCAGGAGUUGCCCAAAUCCCAUAUUCUGGUGUCCUGCUCCUCUCCCAGGUGGGAAAGUAGAGCUGGCAGCAAAGCCACUGAGUGCUGUGAAGGACAAGGGGAGGCAGCAUUUGCUCCGGGUCCCACCGGAGCAGCUGGCCUGUGGGCACCUGGGCUCCCUGAGGUACUCCCUGGUGGCAAAGGCAGCAUGUCCCUCCCAGCCAGUGGCCUUGGAGGCCACCAACCCGGCACUCGGCAGCAUGGAGUGGUCGGUCCCCAUCAUAUUGUGUGCCCCACUGCAUCAUCAUCCCCAAGCUGAGGUUUUAUUGUCCUCAAACCUGGCUUUCCACCAUGCCGUGGAGAAACAUGUCCCUGACACGGUGCUUGAUGGUCCCCCAUCUCCUUCGAACGUGUCAACACACAUCCUGCGGGCGAGCAAAGGGAUCGGUUUCCCCCCCGGUAGCGGCAGCUGAGUGGUGGAUGUUAAUUUACUCUCCUCCUCGCUGCCUUU